AUGAGGAAAGACAAGCUACCCCGUGCCCAUCCCCUCUACAAAUUCUUUCGUGAAGAGCGGAAGAAAGUAAUCAAGAUUGAACGUAUUCAGCGUUGGAAACAGGCCGAGGGGCGCCGGCAGGAGUGGCGUGACUUCUUCAGCUCUCUGAAGGACGGUACCGUGGAGAAUAUCUUUACGGAAGCCCAGCAGGAUAUUUGGACACGCCUGAAUGAUCGCACUUUGGAACAGUCCGAAUCACUUUUCGAUGAGAUAGACGCCAUUAUGGCCAACAAGAAGCUUACGCCGGAGAAGCAGAACGAGUUGGCUGUUGAAGUACGACAUCAGAUAGAGGAAGUGCGUGAACGUGUAUUUGAUGAGUUUGAACCGGAACUGCGUAGCUCAGGAGCACUGGAACGGGCAGAGCGAUAUAUAGCCAGUGUGCCAACAUAUUUUAUGGAUCUAAGUCAGCCGGAUGCUAAGAAUAACAUAUAUGUUAAACCGGAAAAUUGCACUUUACCUGCUGAUAUAGUAUGGUCGAACACUGUUUUGGGUAGUGGGCGUGAGCCUAACGAACCUUUCUGGAAGUGGCACUUGCUCCCCUCUUUGGGUCAGAAACGUAAAAAACGUCUGGGUCGUGGUCAUGGCAGUGGUAAAGGAGGCAGUUCAACGCGCGGUUGCAAAGGUCAGAAGCAUCGAUCUGGUCGGUAUAUAAAUCCUGUUUUUGAGGGUGGGCAAAUGCCACUAUAUCGAAGGCUACCGAAAUUCGUUGGUAGGCCGGUGGGUCCCGGCCAUCGUCACAGCCGUCGUAAAUAUGAGCUUAUACCGAUACACCAGCUUAAUGUUGCUAAGGAUGGCAUGGUUGUUGACUGGGCAACUUUGGAAUGUCUUGGUGCCCGCCUCGGUCGUUACAAACGCAACCACCCGAUCAAGGUCGUAGGAGGGAAGAAAUACGGCGGCGUAGCUAAACCUCUAACCGUUCGCAACUUAAUAGUGAAGGCGCACGCAUUCACGCGUUCGGCUGCUGCUGAGAUUAUGAGUAUGGGAGGUCGAUGUCUGCUUUUGCGUCCGCCUACACUUGACAUUGUUGCAGAGGAGUAUCAUCCCGAGGUCCCUCGUGCUCGUCGGUAUAUUUUCAGUGGCAAGAUCUCACGUAGAGAACGAUACAGGCGUGGAAUAAUCAAGCGUAUACGCGAGGAGAUCGCUAAAGAAGAGCAGGAGGCCGCUGCCCGUACGGACCCCCCUGGGUCAUCUGAGAAUACUAUUGCGGAUAUCCCCGAAAAUGGGGAGCUCAAGGUCGUCAAAGAUGACUCUUCACGCAUAGUAGAAGGUACAUCUGAGAGUUCCGCUGAAGGUUCCGGUGAGGGUAACAAUGGAGUUGAGAUAUCGGUGGACAAGGUUUCCACCGCCGAAAACACAUCUGAGGACGCUAAUAUGGACUCCCCUAAGGACUCCAAAAUGCCGGCUACUUUACAAGAAGAAGGUAGUGACCCUCCAGUUAAACGCAAACGUGGGCGUAAACCUAAGCCACGGGUUGAUGGUGAAUUAUAA